AUGUCUGUUAGCCAAAACGAACAAACUCCGUCGUAUAGACGACCUGGCUUCGGUGAUGAAUGCCGACAGAGCUCGAAAGAACGAAGGACGAGAGUCCUUACGAACAUGUUCGAGCUGAAAACGGACUCGAACCUGACCACUUUUCACCAAUACAUUAUGGAUGUCAAGCGCUACUCGAUGCGCGAAGACGAAGACGCUCGCACCGAACCUCUCACCGGUGCAUCCAACGACAAUAAACGUCUUCGAAGACGUAUAUUUGCCACGUUUCAAAGGAGACAUCAGGACGACUUUUUCAGAAACGUUGGCGUUGCGUAUGACGGUGGCUCCAAUGUCUUUACAACUGGACAACUGACUCUUAGUGGGAACAAGCAAGCCAACGAGCUCAUCGAGUUGGAAGAUGACCACGACCGUGCUGGAAACCCAAACGAGUUUUAUAUCGAGAUCAGAGAGAACAACAACCAGCCGACGAUCUCGCUUGACGAUCUGAAAGUUGUCUUGUUGGGUGACACUUUCGAAUGGACCUUUUUCAACAACUUAGGACUGAAAAUGCUCAAUGCCUUUUUGCACCAUAACCCUGCCUUACGAUACGUACAAUUUGGUGAAUCAAUCUUCGUUCCCGAAAGCAGGAAGUCGCUUGGAGGGGGUGUGGACUUGUGGCAAGGGCUUUUCGCAAGUGUUCGACCAGGAGAAGGUGGCGGAAGAGGAAAACUAUUUGCAAAUGUAAACGUCACCAACAUUACUGUUUAUGAACCAGUUGAUCUGGCUACGUGGCUAUGCAACUUCCUAAAUCUCAAGCAAGUUCCAACGAAACUUGAAAAUAAUAUGCGUGAAAAUGUAAAUAGUGUCUUGAAGCAUAUCAAAGUCCAUCCUCUUCAUCGUCCAGAUUGCAAGACAAAAUAUACUGUUGCUAAACUUGCUGAUGUAACUGCAAAUGAGUACAAGUUUCGAAACAACAAGUCCGGAAAAGAAGAGACAGUUGCAGAUUACUUCAAGGCAGUUUAUAAUAUAAAACUCAAAUCUCACCAUAUGAUUGAAACUGUUGGCUCAAGAAAGGACCUGAUCCCAAUUGAAUGCUGUGGCAUUGUUGAGGGUCAGCAUUAUAAAGGCAAACAAUUGACUGGAGAGCAACGUGCUAAUAUGAUUAAAAUCACUGCCAAGCACCCUAACAGUAACAAAUCAAUUAUCUUAGAUGGUAUUAGGAAUGUAUUAUCACUCAACCAUGACAAACUGCUUCAAUUAGCUGGUAUAUCAGCCAAUACACAGAUGGUCUCUGUACCCAGUCAUUUCAAGAAAAUGCCAGAAAUCAUGUAUUCACCAUUAUCUAAACAAGGUGCAACAGUCAAACCAAAAUCUGAUAAUGGUGCAUGGAAUCUUCGGGAUGUACAAUUUAUCAAUCCUGGUGAGGAAUUGAACAGUUGGCUUGCCAUUUCCUUUUUGCCAGAUAGAUUCAUAGAUCAAGCCAGAACAUUUCUCAGGGAUUUAGGAAAUCAAGCCAGAGUUCAAGGUAUGAAAGUUGCACAAAACCUUCAGCCAAGAGUUGCAUCUAUCAGAUGGCAGAAUGACAGACAGACUCGUGGUGAGAUCAUUAAAAUCCUCCUGAAUGCAAAAAAGUCAGAUUAUGGGUUGCCCCAACUGGUUGUAUUCAUUAUUGAAGCUGAACACCGUAACCGUACAGUGAAUGCUGACCAAUAUAAUGUUGUCAAAACAGUCAUGGAUACAGAAGUUGGAAUCCUGUCUCAGUGUGUUCAAUCACCACAUGUUAUGAAGAUAAAUAAGCAAUAUCUUGCAAAUGUUGCUCUGAAACUUAAUUUAAAACUUAAUGGCACAAACUCAUUUGUUAAACUCCCUCGAAUUGAUAAAACCCCUAUGAUGCUUAUUGGUGCUGAUGUCACUCAUCCACAGCCUGGUUCAAACAUGCCAUCAAUUGCAGCAGUUGUAGGAUCUGUUGACAGACAUGCUGCUCGGUAUGUGGAGAGACAUGUACAACAAUACAAAGAACCAACUACUGGCAAAAAGACUGGUCGUGGCAAAGAAGAAAUUGAUACAAUGACUGACUUGGUAGUUGAACUCUUACAGGAAUUCAAGCGCAUCAACAGACUAUUGCCCAGAGUCAUUAUUAUGUUCAGAGAUGGUAUUAGUGAAAGUCAAUUUAAACCAUUGGCAUUGGAUAAAGAACUUCAUUAUAUUAAGGCUGCAUGUGCCAAGGUGGCGCAGGAUUAUAAACCAACAAUUACCUAUAUUGUUGUUGGCAAAAGACACCAUACUCGAUUUUAUCCCACAGAUCCAAUGGAUGCCGAUAGAAAUGGCAAUGUGAAACCUGGACUUAUAGUUGAGCGAGAAAUUACCCAUCCAUAUCUCUUUGACUUUUAUCUUACCUCUCAUUCUAGUCUUCAGGGAACAUCUUGUCCCUGUCAUUACCAUGUUCUUUUUGAUGAGAACAACUUUCAGGUAGAUGAAAUCCAAGAUUUCACCAACAGACUGUGCUAUAACUUUCAACGCUCAACUAGAGCAGUUUCCAUUCCUGCACCAACUUACUAUGCACAUUGUGCAGCAAAGAGAGCACGAUCUCAUUUCAAUAAUGGAAAUUUACAGAUGACUAAACCAGAGUUUGCUAGUUGUUUCCUGAUGUAUUAUGUUUAA